AUGAAGAAGAUGUUCUCCUGUUCCACCUCGCAGGUCGCGGUCGAGAGCUGGAACAAACACGACCAGAAGCUUUUCGAAGCCGUCGAGAAGGGGGACGUGGGCCGAGUUGCCGUCCUGGCUUCCAGAAAGACCGCGAGACCCACCAAGCUCAACGCCCUUGGCCAAUCUGCGUUCCAUCUGGCAGCUUCCAAAGGGCUCACCGAAUGCCUGACCAUCCUGCUGUCUCAUGGGGCCGAAGUCAAUGAGAAGAAUGACGACGGCAGCACGGCGUUGCACCUGGCCACCAUCGCCUGCCAGCCCCAGUGCGUCAAGGUUCUGCUGCAGCACGGCGCCAACGAGGACUGCGUGGAUGGGGAGAACCGCACCCCCCUACACUGGGCCGCCUCGUCAGGGUGUGCGUCCAGCGUCUUGCUCCUGUGCGACCAGGAGGCCUUCCUGGAUGUCAUCGAUAACAACGGACGCACGCCCCUGAUGAUAGCGGCCGUGGGGAACCACCCCACCAUCUGCUGCCAGCUGCUCCAGAGAGGGGCCAGCGGCCACCUCACCGACAAGGACCAGAAGACUGCUCUGAUCCUGGCCUGUGAGAACUCCAGUGUGGAGUCAGCCGAGCUGCUGGUAAGCAGCGGGGUGGACCUCAGCGUGGUGGACAGGAUGGGCCACGACGCCCUGCACUACGCCCUGCAGUCCCAGAGCCGCCCGCUGAGGAGGCUGCUGCGCAGUGCCCUGAAGAAGAGGAAGAGAAGAGGCUUUGGUUUCCAUGGCGACUGCCGUAUGGAUGAGGGGCAGGGCCAGAGCCAAAAAAUAAACCGCCGCAACGGUUCCAAAAGCAUCUCAGCCAGUUUUGUUGAGGAUAAUAAGAAAGCUUUGCGCUUAGGGAGGAAAUUCAGCCUCGUGGCUAACGCACAGGACUGGGAAUCGGGAGAUCUGGCUCUGCUACUGGGGGACGCUGGAACUGGGAGAUCCAGAAGGCAGGGCAGCUCUCCACUCUGCGCUACAGAGAGCUUUAAAAUUUCAUUCAGUGUUUUUAUUUUUCCCCUAGCAGAGCACGGACCUGGCCGUCAAACAGGAGCCACUGCACAGGUGACCGCCGAACCACUGGAGCGCAGCAGCAGCAGCACAACCUUGCAGAGCGAGGGAGGCGGAGCCACCGACGGGGAUGAAGAGGAUCUCGACGCCGAGGAGUGGAGGUGUCGGUACGAAGACGAGCAGACGAAGGUCCUGCAGCUGGAGGAGCAGCUAGUGAGGAAGGCGAAGGAGUGUGAUGCCCUGGUGGAAGGGUGCAAGGUGAUGAAGGAGAGGAUCUGGGACCAGGUGCAGGAGAUAAGCCAGCUGUUGCCGGAGAGGGCAGAUGAGGGCAGGCGGGUGCUGAGCCGCCGGUACAGCCGGGACACCACAGAAGAGGACUAUUACCUGAACCUUUUGGCUGAACAAGUGCAAGAGCUGAAGAAGAGACAGCAAGAGGCAGGGAGAGGAGGAGGCCAGAACGUAGCAGUGAAGGAAGAGAGGAUACAGUGGCCGGGGGAGGAGGAAGAGGAGGAGAAGAGACACCAUCAGGAGGAGCUGCAGCGGCUCCAGGCCGAAGUGGCCACGGCCCUGCAGGGGAAGGAGAGCGCGACGAAGAGGGUGGUGGAGAUCGAAGGCCAUCUGGAGAACAUGAGGGCGGUGAUCGCCGUCUAUGAGGCCAAGAAGCGGGCCCAUGGUGAGGCACUGGAGCAGCUGCAGGCUCGUGUCGCUGAGCUUGAUGGCGACAACCAACGGCUACGCGGGCUGCUGGGAAAGCAGCAGGGAGAAAGCCAGAAGGCGGGAAGGCAGGAGGUGGAUCAGAAAGGGCCCAGAGCCGCUCUCUGUGCUGAGCUAGGCCAGUUCCUGUCAUGGAUGAGGGAGGCGGCUGACAGAGCACAGGAGGAGAAGGCCGCGGUCCUCGCUGAAAACGAGGCUCUGAAGAGGGAGGCAGAGGAGGCCCUCGGGGGCAAAUUUCACCUUGAGGCGGUGCCAUCAGAAGCCAUCAGGAAGAGCGUGGCCUCUUGGGAGAAGAUGGUGAUGGGCUUAGAACGUGCUCUGGCCAAGAUGGAUGAGGCCAACUCCAGCCUCCUGGAGAAAGCCAGGCCUCUUCAGGAAGCCAUCUCAGCCCCUCAGAGCAAGCAGGAGUCAGGGGUCUUGGUAAACGGCAUGGUGGCUUCCCAGCUCCAGGAGCUGAGAAAUGGCCUGGAGCAGCAUGAGGAGGAGAGCAAUGUCUUUAGAGAUGAGGCUGAGUCUCCACUGAGGCAACCUCAAUCCCCGGAGGAGCUGGAGAAGGGCAGGAUGGAAAAGAACCCUCUCCAAGAUGGCCCCCAUGGGCAACUCAGACCUAGGCUGAGGAAUGAUUCUGUGGAAACCAAGGGCCAGGCCAGGAGGAGAAGCUCUGACCUAGAGAAAGAGGUGUCGGACCUCAGACAGAACAAUGUCAGCCUCAUGAACGAGCUGGCGCAGUUGGGCCAGGAGAGGGAGAAGCUACAGGAUGAGCUCCAGCGCCUCUGGCAGCACCAGAAGGAGGGGUCCCCCCAAGGAGAGGCGCAGGGCCUGGUGGAGGAGCUGAGGCAGAGAGUGGCCGCCUUGUCCCGGGAGCUGUCAGCCGAGAAGGAAGAGACCAAGAAGCUGAGGCUAAGGCUAGAGACCCAGAAGAGGGAGAUGGUGGUGCUGAGGGAUAGCUUCCUCAAGCAGAUGAUGGGAGAGGCCAACAGCGUGGGAAGCCAGAGCCUCAGCACCUGCAUCUUGGAGGAGCUGCACUGGAAACUGGACAACCUGGUGAAGAAGCAUAACGAGGCCCUGCAGCUGGUGUCGGAGAUAGAAGAGGAGAGCCAGGUGCUCGUGGGUGACCAGGCUCCUGCCGUGCAGUGCGAGGCUAUCGAUGCCGCCGUGGCGGGCGAGAAAAGCCCUCAAAGCCACAGUCUGGAGAGAGAUCUGUGGGAGCUGAAGGAGGAGCUAGAGGCAGCUCAGGCCACCCUGGGCGGUGAAAGCCACGACGUGACCAAGCUGAAGCAGAUGCUCGACCGACUGCCCGUGAAGGUGGCAGAGUUGUGCUCGGAGGAGGAGGAGACCCUGCGGAUGCACGAGAAGGCCUGGAGCUCCCUGGCGCUCCAGACUCAGGCUCUGGAAGAGGAGCUGCGAGCCCUUCAGGAGAAGCAUGAGGAGGUGAGGGGGAAGUCCGCCCAGCGGGAGGAGGCCCUGGCCGCAGAGAAGCAUAAGAACAAGGACCUGCUGGCCAAGAUGGCGGAGCAGGAGAAGGAAGCAGGAGAGCUGAGGGGGAUGUCGGAGCAGCUGGAGAGAACCAUCCAGAAGCUAAACAAGAAGGUGGAGGAGCUCUCCAGGACCUGCCAGGACAAAGAAGGGAAGAUUAAAAAGCUGCUGAAGGAGACGGAGAAGCUUUCGGCAGAGAUCCUGGCCCUGCGCAGCGAGAGUGCUCGUCUCCAGCUGCAGUUAGAGGUUAAGGAAAAAAAUCACCAGGAGAUUGUUACUAUCUACAGAACCCAUCUGCUCAAUGCAGCCCAGGGCUUCAUGGAUGAAGAAGUUCACUCGAUGCUGCUCCGAAUCCUGAGGGCGAAGGAGGAGUGAGCUUUGCCCUCCUCUUCCCGGGAACUAGGAUCUUUCUUCUGUGCAAGGCUGCAACAUUUUCCAAUGCCGGCUUCACUCCAUUUAGGAACAUUCCAGGUAACACCAGGAGGAGACUGGAGGGCCGAGCCCGCACCUUUCCAGCAGCGAGGAUAGCGCUCGAGGAACCAGCUGACACAUCACUGGGACCACAUCUGCCACCCCACUGAGCCAGAGACCCAUCCAUCAAGGAUGUCAACACAAGAUGAUCACCUCUGCAAUAGCUUUGGUUGUUUUUCCCCCUCCCAACUUGCCUCUUCCCGGUCUCCACGUGCUGCUGGCUGAGCACUGGGGCUUUAUUUCAAAUAGCCCCAGAGAUCUGAAAUCAUUUAUCUUUGAAAGAUGGGCCGCAGGGCAAGCGUAGCUUGUUAUAACAAACCCAGGCGCUGCAGCUGCUAGACGCAGUGACUCGAUCAGCCUCUCGCACGCCUGGAUACAGGACUAGAACCCAGGCCGUUUUGCGCCACAGUCCCCGCCCUCUACCACUUGCGCUAAAGGACAGCUCCCUUCCCUGCUUGUAGAGGUCAUUUCCUUAUCUUCUCUGAGGGCACAGCUAGCUGAGAGCAACAGGAAAGCAUGCACCGAGUAAACUCUACUUCAGCCUCCCUUUCGCUGCAGCUGCAGCCAAUUAUGAUUAAGUGUUUGGACUUUGGUGGCACCUAGGAGCCCCCGGCAUGGAACAGGAUCCCGGGGUGCUAGGGGCUGUACAACCACAAAACAAAAUGACGGUCAACCAGGGUUCCUUUUACUGCCUCACCUUUCCACCACGGAGCAGUUUCUGUUCACCGGGUGAGCAAGGUAGUGGGGUUUGCCCUUCAGACCAUGUGGCUGCAGGAGCAAAUUAGGCUGAGUUGGCCAUCGGAUACGUUGCAGUAGUGCUGAACUCUCCAAUUCAGAGGUGGGGGCAACUGAGAUUUCCGUCCUAGUUCUUUGCUUCCUGCUGGAUCCGGACACAGUCUGAUCCUGCUCCCGUUGGAGUGAGUGGCCAAAGUCCAAUUGAUUUCCUAGGUCUCUCAAAAGCAGACAGAUCCUUGGUGCGCCUCUCUUACAUCACAGGCUCUGGCUGGCUGGCUUUCCCCUUGCCUCGGUCCUGAGUCUGUUUGGCGGUGGAAAGAAAAUGACCCACUUCCAGAUGUUUAUUCUGGAAACAGGCUUUGGUGCAAGACCAGGUCCUUGUGGCUAUCUGAGCCGUGCUGGGGCGGAGCACCCGGGAGAAUGAAAGCGCUGAGAUCAGCAAACAGAAGGAAGGGGUUUCCACUGAGCUACAAGCUGAGAUGCUCUUGUGGGCCUAGAAUUUUGUCACAUGGUCUCAGCCGUGCGACCCAAAAAAGACACUAGCAUAGGCAGUGUUGUCUAGUGGGUAGGGGACGCGACAGAAGACCUGGGUUCUAGUCUUGACCCUACUGCGUAG